UUGUACACGUCAUUACAGUGCACCGGUCUGAAAGCUGAGGUGGACUUCAGGCAGAAAAAAGGAACAGACGUGUACCUCAAGUUCUAGUGAAACAUUACCAGAAAUCGUCAUGUUCAGAAUAGCAGCUUUCUUCGCACUUUUAGUGUGUGCCUGCUCGGCUGAUAGCUGCACAGAUCCAGUGAUCAGCCCCUCGGCCUACACGACCAACGACGCUGUUAUCUCAUCCGAGUCAGUCUUCAUUGUUGAGCUGAGUCUGGCCUGUGCAAACGGAGCCCAGAGUGUGGCGCUGUAUGCUGACGUCAAUGGAAGACAGUUCCCAGUGACAAGAGGCCAGGAUGUUGGCAAAUACCAGGUGUCUUGGAGCCUUCCUCACAAACAGGCCAGUUCUGGAACUUAUCAAGUGAAAUUCUUCGAUGAGGAGUCCUACAGCUCCCUGCGCAAGGCUCAGAGAAACAAUGAAGACGUUGCUGCCAUUCAGCCCCUCUUCUCCGUCAACGUUGAUCACAGGGGCGCCUGGAAUGGCCCAUGGGUGUCUACUGAGGUGCUGGCAGCAGUCGUCGGUAUCCUGGUCUACUACCUCGCCUUCAGUGCAAAGAGUACCAUCCAGGCAUAGAGGAAUGAGACGAAGCAAUGUUAACACCAACGGAUCUUUACAAAGAAUAUUGAAUUCUGGCGGGACGUGUCAAGUAGUCCAUGGUCCAGAAUAUUGUCAUAAGUCUCAUUUUCUGAGAUGUGGAGAUAGAGCAGUGGUCAUUUUGUA